AUGCUGUACGUUGGCUCAAUGGUACGCAUGAUAUUGGAUCUACAACGCAAGACUUGUUGUUUAACAAGCUUUACAAUGGAACAGCAGCAGCACAAUAUGGAUGGCAUGGAGAUACGGGGCUUUAUUCGAGGGAAGGAGACUAUUGAGAAGUACCACAAGGAUCAAGAAGGCUUUUCCUCGGUCAUAUCAUUGGUGCGUCAAGAAUGUUAUUGUACUGUGUACUGCCUUGGGGAGACCAUGUUGCCCUUACCACCUCCUGUGGAAACAUGUGCUCAUGGUGCUAUGGCUUAUUGCAAGACCAAUUUAAAUACGCAUCCUCUGUUCACUGUUGCAGCAUGCGGAUCCACGGCUCAAUGUGGUGUCAAAGUCGACUGGUGGAUCAUGUCAGGAUCAAGGAGCAGCGUCUAUGGUAUCUUUCAGCAUCAGCCUUCCUUAUUAUGUACAUCGUUCGAUGAUUCUCGUUACCACGUAUUGGACACUUCCUUUGAUGUGCAUCUCCAACAACAAAGCAACAACUUCUAUAUCUUUCGGUGUCUCCAAGCUUUAUCUCUGAUUGUGGUUCUGGUCGUCGACAUUUCUUUUGAUGGAUAUCCUGCUACGCAUGCCUGUUAUCGGCGGAUCAUAUCAGCAAUGAGCAACAGAGACCAUGUCUUUACCGUCAACAACGUUUACUCGGUCCUCUGGUGGUCCUCGUUAUUGACCAAUUGCUUUCAAGAGCAUUCUGCAGCGCAUGUCUCUCAUAGGUGUAUCAAAUCAGCAACAAGCAACAAUGUUACGUAUCUUUUUGGCGCUAUCAAGGUUUAUCCAUCGCUCAAGGCUUUCGUCGUAAAGUAUCGCCCCCAUCCUUUGGAGAAACGGCUACUAGAAUUGGUCAUUGUAUGGAUAUCUAUGCAGCAAGGACAUUGGUUUUGGUUGCUGGGUGGCAUCAGGCAUCGUGGAUUUUCAUAUGACUCUGGCUAA